GAGCCUGUCCACGACACAUUUGGAGCGUCGUACAAAGUGCCUGGCAACUACCGCAAGGCGGCUGCGCUGCGCAUUAUCAUUGACCACUUUGGCGACCUCCUCGAUUUUGUGGGUGCGUCGUCGACGGCCACGUGCUGCAUGAUCCUCCCGAUUGUCUUUUACCUCAAGACAUUCAACGGCACGAUUGCGCUCCCCGAGAAGAUCUUUGCCUACACGGCCGUCAUCGUCUCGACCUUCCUCGCCAUCUACGUCUCGAUCAACACGGGCAAGGCGCUGUUGGCACCUGUCGCGGCCGACCCGUCGAUCCGCUUCCCGUUCUGCGCCGGCGACUACCAAAAGAUGGUCUACACCAACACGACGUUCUUCAACAGCAAGCGCGCGCUCUACGGCUACUAG